UACUAGGGCUGUCUUCCGCUCCGAUGAAGCUUGCAACAACUCAUCAUGAACUAUUAUUUAAGAUGAUGAAUUGAUGAUUUACUGAUGAAAGUGAUGGUGUGUUAAUAACGACGAGGGACAUAUAGAUCAACUUGAUAUCUAAGGCGGAGUCCUCGAAAUGGAUGAUAUAGUGGGACAAGGGAGGGUGACAGGUGGAAAGACGAGUGGACAGAUGCAGAACCUACUCGGGGAGUUCAAGGGAGUGUAUGAAAACAGGUUGCAGCGACUUGAUGAUGCUGAACGUCGCGGAGAAGAUACAGAGAAGACACGAGUGCGGGUGCUACAGGCUUAUGUGAAUGACCUAAGUGAACAGAAUGAGGUCCUGGUGUCCACAGUGGAGGAGCUGGAAAAGGAGGCUAAUGAACGUGUGGGACUGCUGGAGAGUAAGCUGAAGGGCACUGCAGGAUCUGUCAAGGAAUACAUGGCCAAGGCUCGUGACUUAGAGCGUGAACUGCGUGCCCUCACCAUCGAGAAGACCAGGGCGGAUGCCAUGCUGGAGGAGUUGCAGACCCGCCUUGGAAGACAGGAGGAGAGCAGUGGUGGACUAAGGGAAGAGAAUUCUAACCUGAACCACGAUGUCAACCAACUUAUCUCUGUCAUCCGCACGGCCAGGAACACCGGCCGAUGGGAGACUGAGGCUGUCCGAUUUCGGGAACUUUCGCAUGAUCAAGUGUUCGGUUCUCAUAUAGAAGCAGCAAGACUAAGAACAGUAGAGGAUGCUGAGGAGCGUUCUAGAGACCUGAGGGAUCAACUCCGUCGUAAAGACGAACAGAUGGACAAGCUGCAGCAAGAGAUCAACUUACUGAGGACACAGAGCAGAGCCUCACGUGAUGAGAGGCGUACAGAUGGACAAGCUGAGAGAGAAACUGCAACAACUAGUCAGUCAACUGAGAAAGAUUUCGCCAUCAUGCAGCUGAAGAGAGAUUUACGGCAAGCAGAGCAGCGUAUCGAAGACAUGCAGCUAGAGGUAUCCAACAGAGAACGGAAGAUUUCGACCCUCCAAUCACAGCUUAGCGACCUGCACACACAAAUCGGCCGCCGUGAGUCGGAGAACACAGCGCACCAACAGACUAUUAAAAUGUUACAGGAGAAACAGCGCUAUUCUGUAGGGGAGACUGCCAAGGCAGAUGAAGCUAUCCGACAACUCAAACUGGAGGUAACACAUGCCAAGGACUAUGCCUCCAAAUCCUCCAAAGAUAUUGGGCAUUAUGAACGGAAACUUAGGAACCAGGACCUCGACUUACAGGAGCUGCGAGAUCAGAGAAAGAAAUCUAUGGAUGAGAUUGGAGUCCUCCAGGAGAGGCUGAGGGACAGUCAGGUGUCCACCAAGGAUCACCAUGAGGUCCUCAAGUCAGAGCUGGCCCGUCGUGAUGAGACGAUCCAGAAACUUCGCAGGGAUGUCCUCACUCUACAAGAGAAACGUGAUGCAGCUGUCAGUGAGUUGGACAAGCAGACUAACAAUUUGAUCCAGAUUGAAGACAAGAACAAGCGCACCAAUGACGAGUUUCACAGACUGGAGGCAAGGAACAAAGUGGUUGAGGAGGAACUUGCAGCGAUGAAGAAACAAGCGGAUGAUUCUAAAUCUGAUGCCACUUCUAAUGUUACCAAGCUGGCCAGAGUGGACGCGGAAUUACAAACUCUGCGCACGCAACAUGCAGAGUCUUUAGCUCAGGUAAAAACCUACAUCUCAAAGCUGGCCAGGGCCGAGGGGGAGAUGCAGAUGAUUCGUGGCGAGAACACAGAAUCUGUUUCUCAGGUUCAGAAGUUGACAGCUACGCUACAAAAAUUACAAGGUGCUUCCAAAGACACGAGAGAUGCUCUCACCUCAGAAUUAAGUAAUUACAGAGGUACCUACUAUGUGGCGGACCAUCAUGAUACAAUAGUGAAGUUGAGGAACGAGAACCGAGAAGUUGAUGAAAAACUACGGGAAGCAUUGUCUACAGCCCAGCACAGGGGAGAUGUCAUCAAACAACUGCGAGAGGAGGUCAAACAAUACCAGUCUAGGGGUCAAGACUUUCAGAGAAAGAUGGAGGCUAUGGACCAGGAUUUACAGCAGGCCCACAGUCGCUAUUCCAGCCAGUGUCGUGAGAUUGACCGCCUACAAACUGAAGUUCAGGAGCGUAAUUUGACUGCUAGCCAACAUGACACGUAUUUCAAGUCUGAGGUGGCUGAUAAAGAAGAGGAAAUACACAGACUGAAGGCAGAGGUCAACAUCCUUCAUGAAAAACUAUCACACACCACUUCACAGUUAUUGUCCCGAGAAGAGCAGAUAGCCAAUCUCAACGCCAGCAUCAAGGAGCUAGAGGCAGAAAUGGCAAGAAAGGAUCUAGCCUUACAAAAGUUUGAUGUUGACCUCUUGAAUGUUGAUCAGGAAAGAUGUAAAGCAGAGGACAAUGUUUCACGGCGUGAUAUCAGUAUUCAGCAGCUGGAACAGGACCUGGCCCAGGUGAAGGCUCAGUAUCGGGAGUCUGUGGAAGAAAAUGGGCGAUUGGAGGCGCGUAUACAGGCCUUUGCCAUCAAUGCCCAGAGUGAACAAGACGUCCUCACCUCUGAGGUAAAGCGACGAGAAGAAGCCAUCAAACGCCUCAAGAUGGAGACCAUCACCAUGCAGGAACGCAACAGUAAAUAUGAGGAAAAGGUUAAUCAGAUGGACCGCGAGGUGGAGCAACUUAAGAUGCAGCUACGCACAUCACAAGCAGAGAAUGAUACAAAGAAAGGAACUAUCAGUAACCUGGAGUCUAAUCUGAGUGACGUGAAGCGCCGUAACAGCCAGUAUCAGGAUGACGUGAGUCGUCUCGAGGACCGUGUGAGGGAAAUAAACAUUGAACUUACCUCCCUCCAGUCCCAGAGUGAUAAACAGCAGCACAAUAUUAGUACUAAGGAGGAGCUAGUGUUGAAUCUGAAGACGGACCUGGCAAGUCUACAGAAACAGCAGAAGGAAACAAUGAGUAAGGUUUAUGUUCGGGAUGACACCAUCCAGAAGCUGAACUCUGAAAUAGGUCGUCUGAAGGGUAAACACCAAGAGAAGCUGGGUGAGGUGAACAAACAGUCCGAUACCAUCAAGAAACUCCAGGAGGCUCUAACCCAAUGUCACGUAGACCUGGACAAAAGUAGGAAACUCACCGAACAGGAGGUGAGACGUAGAGACGAGUCAAUUAAGACCCUACAGGAGGAUCUGAUGGAAUCCCAGUCACAGUACAGUGCUUGUUAUAAUGAGUUAAUGAAAGCUGAGGAUGAUAUAGAAAGUUUGAAGAACGAGAACUCACAUCUGAGCCAGAAUGGACAGCAAACCUCCGAGGAGGUGGGUCAACUCCAGGAACAGCUGCACCAACUAGAACUCGACCUGACUAUCUCUCAAGAGAAACACAGGACGUGUCAAAAAGAGGUUGCCCAUAGGGACCAGGUGAUCAUCAAGGUUCAGAGUGAGCUGGACACAACCCAGGAGAAGUACCAGGGCUGUAUGGAGGAGUUGAACAUUCGUGAAGAUGAGGUCAUUCGCCUGAAUGGUCGUGUGAAGCAGCUUCAACAGGAAAUCAGAGACCUCAAUGCCAAAACAGAGGAUGAUGAAAAGAAGAUUUCGAAUGAUGAGAAGUCAAUUCAAAAAUUGCAACAUGAUCAUGAAAUUUCGCUACAGGAGAGAGAUCUCAAGAUGAAAAACCAUCUACGAACAAUAGAACAGCUGAAGUCAGAACUCCAGAUAGCCAGAAGUACUCACGAACAGGAUGUGAAGCGUAUCCAACAGGACAUGGACCUUUUACGCGAGGAGCUUGAAAUGACACAUAACCAGAACAACGAUGGACAGAAGGAGAAUCUAGAUCAUAAGACGACCAUCAUGGCACUCAAUGAUGAGAUAGACAGGAUGAAGAGGAUGCAGGACGACACAGCAGUCGAGAUGAAGCGUCAGAAUGAUCAGUUACAUGACCAUGAGGUGGCCUUGGCCGAGUCCCGCCAACAAGUCAUUCUGCUGGAGGACCAGUUGGAUAGUUGUCGUGAGGAGGGCCAUGUCAUUGAAUCUGAGCUGGACAGCUUCAAACAGAAGUAUGGAAAGAGCAUGAACGAGGUCGGACACUUGGAGGGAACUGUCAAAACUCUGCAGGACAAACUUUCGGAGAGUCGUAAGAGGGAACUGGAGAAGGAGCAUCAGUUGGAGACAAUGAAGAGUGAGAUUGACAAUCUGGAGACAAUGUACCGUGACACUAAACACGAGGUCACUAAGUUUGAGGAGGUCAUUGAGCAGCUAACGACAGAACUGCGCACAACCCAAGAUGAACUGUCCAUGUCAAGCAACCGUGUCCAUGAGUGCGAGGAGAACAUCAAAAACCUCAAGGAUAGGAACGCUUUACUCCAGUCAGAGUCUCUUACCCAUGAAGAGCAUGCUAAGAAACUGGAGAAUGAGCUUUACACCUACCAGGGAGAGCACAGCCACACAGACCAGGAGUACCUGGACAAGGAGGACAAGAUAGCCCACCUGGACAUGGCCUUAGAGGAGACCAGAGGUGAACUUCAGGCCAAACUUCGUCAGAUGUCUGACCAACAGGACCAAAUCAAUGAUCUAAAGGUUGAACUUGCCUCAGUCCGGGAACAGAAAAACAGUGCCAUGAAGGAGAAUGAUCGCCUGGAACAGAGUAUUCAGCAGCUGCAGCUUAACCUUGCGACAUCUCACCAGCGCCACAAGUCUGACACAAAUCGCCUUCAGGACCAACUGUCUCACCUUGAGGCUGAACUGCGGCAAACUCAGGCACGUGGCCAGGCCGUGGAACAGGAGCUGGGUCAUCGUCAGGAACAACUCAUCCAGAGUGAAUCAGAAGUCAAAACCUGCCGCAGCGACAUUGCUGGCAAGAUGGAAGAGAUUGAGAAACUGGAGGGGAACAUUAAAGAUAUGAAAAUAGAAAUCAGUCACCUCCAGGGAGCCAAGCAAAGAGCCGAGAACCAGGGAUCUGAGCUGCAGAGUGAAGUGGAGCACCUGAAGACGGAUCUGUCUGAAGCCAGAGCACAGUACAAAGACUGUGCACAGGAGCUUGCCCACCAUGAGGAAAAGUUGAUGUUGAUGGAGCAGAGUCUACAGACCACACAAGACCAGCUAAGUCAGCGGGUCACCGAGGUUGUCCGUUAUGAACAGAUCAACCGUAAACUACAGAUGGAGGUGAAGACACUACGAGAACGUAACACAAGUUACGAGGAGGAGAUUGAGGAACAGAAAGCGAUGAUUGACAAGCUCAGAAAGGACCUAGUCAACUCGAAGGAAGACCAUCACUCGGCCGUACAGGAGGGCCUCGCAUACAAACAGCAAGCUCACAAAUACGAGGUGGAGUUAGAGGGCGCUCGUGAGCAGGAGAAGAUGCUUAGUGACCAGGUAGAGCAGCAGGACCAGAUCCUCACCCAGCUACAGCAGGAGAUACGUGGGGAACGGGAAAGACACCAGGACACCGCCAAAAAUCUACAAGCAACACGCAAACAUAAUGCUGACCUCCAGGAUGACUUUGAUUCUGCCCAAAGACACAUCAACGACCUCACAAACACGGUCAAGGACAAGGAUGAGCUUAUCUCUAACCUGCGUGCUGACAUUGAGUCUAUGCACCAGCGACAGAUGGCGCUCAAAGAGGAGUUGGUGGAACGGGAAGGUCAACUCAGGGUCGCCAAACUUAACCUGCAGUCAGCCCAAAAACAGAGUGUGCACCACUCACAGGAGGUUUCGAGGUAUGAGGAGACACUUGGACAGCUACAGAAUGAUUUAGACCGCAUCCAGGACCAGUACAGAAAGACACAUGCCUCUCUGAUGGAGAAUGAACAGAAAGUUCAUGACCUAAAGGUGCAGCUAACCACAGUUCAAGGUCACCACAAGGAGUCCAUGGACCAAUUAGGAGAAAAGUCGCGCCAGGUGGCAGCUCUAAAGACAGACUUGGCAAAGUUACAACAACAGAACCAGGGGAUGUCGGACGAGAUAGCCCUUUAUGAGGAGAAGAUGAGGGAGCUUACACAGGAACUCAGGAAAAUGCAGGAGCUAAACCGAGCUUCAGAGGAGGAGUUGGAGAACUUUGAGUUGCGGUACCAGGACUUGCAGCAAGAGUUGAUGAACACGCAAGACAAAAACCGACAGUCUCUUCAGGACCUCGGUGCUCUGGAGGAGGAGUCAGUCGUACUCAAGGUUGAGCUCAGCGCCAUCCAGGAGAAAUACAAGGCCAAGAUUGAUGAAUCUGACAAGCUCCGAAAUGAGGUAGAAUUACUGCGACACAAUUACCAUAGUGCUAAUGAGGAGAUACAAGGGCUUAGAGUGGCACUGGAGGAGUCACGUUCCAACGGGGAUCGUCUUCACCGAGAGAGUGAACUCGUCGUACAGAACGUAAACACAUGGGUUCAGGAACAAAAGCUUGCGAAUGAAAAACUGGGAAACAAAAUUAGAGAGCAAAGUAAAGCUAUUAUGACUCUGACUGCAGAGAAAGAACAAUUACUGGAACAGGUGGCUAAGCUACAGAAGCAGAUGAAUAAGAUGAAGAUAGAGCUAGAUGAAAGGAGAGAUGAUUCAGACAGGUUCAAGGCGUUGCAGAACCAUUCAUCCCACCAACAGGUGCUACUCAACCAGCUGAGGAACAGACUGGAACAACACGAAUCUGACCAGGACCAGGAAGUUCAGGGUAAGAUUGCCACAAUCGAAGACCUUCACACCCGCCUCAAAGUCAACAUUGACAACAUUCAGCUUCUUAACCAGCAGUUGGGUACUCUACAGAAGGAAAACCAUCGCCUUAGAAAUGACUUUGAGAGAGAGAUUUCAGCUCGACAGACUCUGGAGUUACAGGUAGAGAGUAAGGAACAGACGAUUGGCAGUCUCAAGUCACAACUCGAUGCUCGUAAACACCUUCUUAUUGAGCAAAGUUCCCCAUAUAGAGAGAUGGAGAAACCAGACAAUGUAGACAUCAAGGAUUUCCAUAUGGAUAAGGAGCAGCGAAAGUCCUAUGGUAAGGGACUGGAUGAUGCGGGGAUCUCUAACCCACAAGAUCUGGAUAAGAAUUACUGGAUACAGCGAGUCGGAGAGCUUUCCAUACAGCUACAGCAAAGCAGUGAAUACUGGUCAGAUAAGGUUCGUGAACUAUCGGCCCAUGGAGGCAAGGCACGCACCAUUCCAACAUAAGUCAACUACCAUGUCCACAGGCAGUGUCGAGGAUAUUGUGGGGAUGACAGUGUUAUUGGAUACUCACAGACACAGAAUCUCCUAGAAAUGCUGUGAGCUCUCUAGGCUAUCAAAGAUUGUAGACCAAAAGUCAACAUUCUGCCAGAAAUCAGAAGUUAUAAGACUAACAAAUACUGAGAUUUUAUUUAUGACAAAAGAUCUGCCAAUGUCCGUCCAUUGUAGUGUGGUCUAGUGAAUGUGGGUUUAAGUUUACAGUCUACCUUACCUCUAUUUGUAGUAAGUACGGGACCACUUAUUUAUUGUACAACUCACUGUAGUCUGAUUACCAAGCCAAAGUGUGAUAGGUUUGGUAUAUUUGUUACAUGUAUUGAUAAACGUAUGCCCAUUUAGUAUGAAAGGUAAUAUACUAUUCAAAAGAAAUUAUUUAAAAAUGAACUUAAUCAUGUCCUAAACUUUGCACAGACAAAUUAAUGUGAAAUCAACCAUUGGUGGUAAUUGUAAAUGAGAAAUUGUUAAUUUGCCAUGUAAUUGUGAUAGACACGUAGAGGUAUAGAUGAGGACUAACAUAGUUCACACCGCCAGUAGUUCGUGUAGGCAGCCGUCACAGGUAAUAUCCCCGUGAUAGCAUAUCGUGCUAGAGUCUAUAUUUAUAUUUCUGUUCUUAGAUUUUUGAAAUAGCACAAACUGAUUAUCUGUGAGAUAUAUUUAUAAUCUUAUUCAUUUUAAUGGUUUCAGUAAUUUAUGAUGUUAUUGUUUAAUUUGAGGGUUUCCCUUUGUAUUGUUUUGAUGUCGUCACUUCUGAUUGUCUCUAGCCUAUGUAGUUGUGUAAAGGUGCAUCGGGCACAAACUAGCGUCCAUCAUUCAUUGAUCUGUGAUAACACCGAGUAUUGUACUUUUUUUGAGUUUUAAUCACUUUGUAUUACGAUAUUACUGUUGAUAGCAUUUAUUUUAUAACCAAUGAAAACUUAGAUCUCAAGGUCACACAUUUUAUCAUCUCAUGUUGACUUGUUGAUCAAGGUCACAUCUUAUUGACCUAAUUCAAGUCACAUUGAGCAAGGUCAUGUUGUGUUGACCAAGGUUAAGUCAUGUUGACCCAUUGACCAAAGUUGCAUUACAUUGACCAUUGCACAUGAUGUUGACCAAUGUUAUUUGAUUUAUAUUUAUUACAACAGGGAUAAAUUGAUUUCAAUCCCUGUAUCAUCACUAGAUCUGCGUACUAUUGAUCGUAGAUUCAAGCUUGUACCAUAGUUACUAGUAAGUGUGUGCUUUGUAAUCAAUUAAAAACAUCGAAACGUUCAGAUCAAGUGUGAUUCUGUGAAGUAAAAAACUACUCUUUCAACUUGUCAUUGACACAACAAACAUACAUUGAUGAUGUGGAGGGGGGUGUUUAAUGGGAAAUCCAUUCUCCAGCAGCUGUAACUGUGAUCUGACAACGCAUGAGAGGUUGAUGGAUGCCUAUUUAUAGAAGAUUUGUGAUUGCCUGUCUCAUAAUAAAAUUUAUAUAUAUAUACAUUUUUGUCAUUUUACAAUAAAAUCCAGUCAGAACUGGUCGUACAGAU